UUUACUUUUUUUUCUGCUACCCCUCAUUGAGCCACUUGAGCCUGGAGCAGAUGGAAAGAUUGUAGUCGGGGGGAAGUAAGCAAGCAGCAGAGAGAGAGAGAAUUGAAAGAAGCCAUGCAAAGGGUGAGGCAGCCCAGCGACGAUGCUUGUUGAACUGAACCACUGAAUACCAGAAAGCCUUUCUUCCACUUUGACUGAGCCCCAGAGAGAACAAGGAAUCAGACAGGACAGCACUGAGGGGAGACAUCAACUCAUCGCUCCAGCUGACGGGCAAAAACCAGCCCAGGACGUGGAGAGCAAAAGAAAGAAAGAAAGCCUUAAGACAAGGAGAAAGAGGGGAACUCUACAGAUGAGAGUUAAAGCAGAGAGGCAGAAGGAGAUGCUCAGAGGGACCAGACAGUGAAGAGAAAAGAGAAACAAGUAACAGGAUUGCUACAGGUGUGUCCUCAAAGACCGCUCAAAGAAAGGGCAACACGCCAGAGUCACCCGAACAAAAGCUGUUGCAAGUGAAACAGGGAGUGAAAGAGCGAGAGCAGACACAAGCAGAGGGACAGAGCUAGAGAAGGAUGGCCAACUCAGGGCUCCAGUUGUUGGGUUAUUUCCUGGCGUUGGGCGGCUGGAUCGGCAUCAUCUCCACCACCGCCUUGCCCCAGUGGAAGCAGUCGUCGUACGCCGGCGAUGCCAUCAUCACAGCCGUGGGUCUGUACGAGGGGCUGUGGAUGAGCUGCGCCUCGCAGAGUACAGGGCAGGUGCAGUGCAAGAUCUUUGACUCCAUGCUCUCGCUGGACAUCCACAUCCAGACAUGUCGGGCCCUUAUGGUAGUGUCAGUGCUGCUGGGCUUUAUCGGCAUCAUCGUCAGUGUGGUGGGCAUGAAGUGCACUAAGGUGGGAGAUAACAACCCAGCCACCAAAACCCGCAUCGCUGUGACCGGAGGAGCUCUCUUCCUGCUCGCAGGUCUAUGCACACUGGUGUCUGUUUCCUGGUAUGCCACUCAGGUGUCCUAUCUGUUCUUCAACCCAAAUACACCGCCGAACGCCAGGUACGAGUUCGGCUCGGCCCUGUUUGUGGGCUGGGCGGCGGCCAGUCUGACAGUUCUGGGCGGCUCCUUGCUGUGCUGCUCCUGCUCUAAAGAGGACAUGCGAGGGCAGCAAUAUUACCGGCAAUCACAGCCUUCCACAGCCAGGGAGGCAGAGUUGUUGAGUGAAACUAGUUUCCCUGACUGAUCAGCCCCCGUUAUCGAGGACUGUCCGACUGUCCAACCACUGUCUUCCCACUUUUUUCCCUGUUACCUCUUAGACCCCAAAUUAGGACCCCUUGUAGUAGAAUAUUCCCCUUUCCUUUCAGUUUUAAUGGGAACCAAGAUGCAUUAUCUUCUCCCAUUUUCCCCUACCCUCUGAGCCUUUUCUGUAAAUAUGGACUCUUAAAGGACAUGUGAUCAGACCUUCUAUUUAAGAAACGGGGUGGCCUCCUUCAUUUCAGCCUGUCAACCCUCUACUACACCCCCCACACCCCCCUCUGUCCCAUUAUUGGCCGAAAGUUAACAAUGAGUUGAAACCCUUUGUGGUUUUGUUGCGCUGAUUUAUGAUUUCACUUAUAUCCUAUGACCUCUGGGUUUUUUUGUAAAUGUAUCUUUUGGGUUAUUUUGUUCACUGUGACUGUACUUUGACUGAAACGUGUCUUUUUUUCCCUUUUGAAUUGCAGACCAAAUGUUAAAAGUACCCCACCAGAGAAAAGGGAGCAGUACUUGUAGUUUGGGAGAGUCUUCUGGCAUUACCGUGGUUUAGAUUCUGUCGACAGACAGAACCCUCUCACUGAGGAAUUCAAAACAGACAAACAGACACCAUUAAAGAAAGAGUUUAUGAACAACAACCUUUCAAGCAUAUUACAGCAACAUAAAUUAGAGCCUUUGUUGAAGUAAAAGUAAGUAAAUUGUUUGGGGAGAUUUUAUGAAAUAGUUGUUACGGGGGAUUGACAAAGACGAUAUCUUUGUCUUGUCUGUUUUGUUGACUUUGGGAGGGACAGUCAUUCAGGGUAUGUUUUCUAUAACAUGUUAAAAUGCCCGGGUGUAUAUACCACCUUCUCUAUCCUUUUUUUUUCACUACAUGUAUAAUGUUUUACUACAGUGCCUUAUAACACAUGUUUGUGCACAUGUAUGUUUAUGAAUUCUUUAUAGUCUCCCAUCCCAUCAGAGGGAUGUGUGCCCAUAGUUCCUCUGCCAGCAGUUCUGUAUGCCUUUAUUUUUAUUAUUGUUGGAUUUCUGAAAAUGAAUGUGAAGCUACUCUGCAGCACCACUUACGAAACAACAAAGACAUACCUACGAUAGAUCUUCAGCAUGGUGCCUUAUGCCACUGUUUGUAAAAAGCUGUGUGCCUGGAUUGAGGAUAUACCCAGUACAUUCAUUUUGUUUUGUUAAGUGCCAAUAUGAUUUUGUGUGAAUGACAAGGAUGUACUGUACUGUGUGCUGUCUCCUGUACUAAGAACGCCAGUUUGCUGAGUGUUCAAAUGCCCUUCUGAUGCCUGCAUUUAUUUACCAUGCCAUUUCUUUCUCUAAUAUUUACCUCCUCGAUGUUGUGUAUCAUCUCAUUUACAGUAUAGCCCUGUCUGUUUCUUUUAGAAUAAAGUAAACAGAGACAUAAAAAUGGA